CCUCCGUCCCCACUACCGCCCUCUCUCUCCUCUCCUCCCCUCGCCUGCGUCGCCUCACCGCACGCUUCUCCUCCCACCUGUCGAUCCGCACCGACCACCUCUCCCCCGCCGCUUCCGCAACCACCUCAGAGCGCCUCUCACACGCGCCUUUCGCCCUCCCCUCCCUCUCUGUCUCCUCAACUCACUCUCCGCACCACCACCCUCCCAUCUUUAGAUCAUGUCUGCAGAGGAGUCUCAGCAGGCCGUCCAGGACCCCAGCCAGGUCGCCGAUUCGCUGCAGCGCCUGAGCGUGAACGAGGAUGGCGAUGUGCAACCGCGCACCGAGGAGGAGUACGCCGAGUCGCAGCUCACGCUGCGCGCUAUUGUCUCCUCUAAGGAGGCUGGCGUCAUCAUAGGAAAGGCAGGCAAGAACGUCGCUGAUCUCCGCGACGAGACUGGCGUGCGCGCCGGCGUCAGCAAGGUUGUCCAGGGCGUCCACGACCGCGUGCUGUCCGUCACCGGCCCGCUCUCCGGCAUCUCCAAAGCAUAUGGCCUGGUCGCGAAGGGUCUUCUCGAAGGAGCUCCUCAGAUGGGCAUGGGCGGCCUGCUCCGCAGCGAUGGCACUCAUCCUAUCCGUCUGCUCAUCUCCCACAACCAGAUGGGUACCAUCAUUGGACGCCAGGGCUUGAAGAUCAAGCAAAUCCAAGAUGCCUCCGGCGUGCGCAUGGUCGCCCAGAAAGAGAUGCUGCCCCAGUCCACCGAGCGCAUUGUCGAAGUCCAGGGUUCCCCGCAAGGCAUCGAGAAGGCUAUCUGGGAAAUUGGCAAGUGCUUGAUUGACGACCACGAGCGUGGCUAUGGCACCGUUCUUUAUAACCCUGCCGUGAGGGUCCAGCCUGGCGUUGCUCCCUUGGCAUCCAACGGCAUCAACGCCGGCGGACGUUCGUACAAUCGCACUGGACACGGUGCCGAUUUUAGCGACUCUCCUCCCACCUACAGCCGACGGUCCGGAUCGGAUGCCGCGAGUCGCCCACCCCCUCCGACGCACACCGAAGACGGCGAAGAGAUGCAGACCCAAAACAUCAGCAUCCCCUCCGACAUGGUGGGUUGCAUCAUUGGCCGCGGCGGCAGCAAGAUCAGCGAGAUCCGCAAGAGCUCCAACGCGCGCAUUUCGAUCGCCAAGGCUCCUCAUGACGAGACUGGCGAGCGCAUGUUUACGAUUACCGGCAGCGCCAGCGCCAACGAGAAGGCACUGUACCUCUUGUACGAGAACCUGGAGGCUGAGAAGAUGCGCCGUAGCCAGGCUGCAGAAUAGACGCUCUGUGCAUGUUGAUUCAUUGGAGAUUGACGUCGAAUGAAGGCGAAGGCACGUCGACCGCUUCCGAGCGCAUUGGGACUUUGUCAUGAUCGCCCUCAUCGUCUGGUCAGCGCCCUGUCGCCCAAAAGGCCCAAAAGCAAGGCUUUGCUUAAUUUCUUCUGUCUGCCCCCUUUUUACCUACUACUGGUGGAUACCAACAGCCGGGGCAUUAUUUCCUUCUAAUUCGGGGUUCGAGUGCAAAUUGAGCGAGC